UAUUGAUACCUACCUGUAGCGCUUGGGUGGGCAAGGCUCCUCACUCUCUACAUACGUAAAGGAGCCUUAUCUGCCGGAAUCACCCAAUUUCCAAACAACGUGCUACAACAGAUACUGCCGAUAGUAAACACAGUGCCUAGUUCUUGUGAUGGAAACACAGCUAGUCCUUCAAUUAAGAAGCUCUGUCUUGAAUUUGAUAAAGCUUGUGUAAUAUCCGGUGUCUCCCUCUGUUGCAGCUUUGAAAAAACUGCCUUGUCAACAGGAUCCCUUAGCUGCUACUGUGAGAUUAAAGCUUUCUCCUGCUGCAGCUGCUUUUUUUCCGCAAACGAAGAGAAUUAAUUGUUGAACAUCUGCAGCCCACCAAAAAUCCGAACGCAUACCAACACCUUCGGGGGGGGGGGAGCGAAGGGGGAGUACGUGUCUGUCUGUGUCGGGUUAGUGCAUGUGUGUGUAUUGUGUGUGCGUACACACUAUGAGAAGGCAGGAAGAGCAAGAACAGCACGCACAUACAAACAAUCCAUUUUCGGUCCGUGCCAGGAACUACCUGCAUCAUCCUCGAGCAAUACAGCCCUGAUAUUUCAUCUCAUGGCAAAGUUUCCUGUGCGUGCUUGGGCUCGUAGAGCAGCCAGGUGUUGCCCGGGUGCGUUAAGCUAGAUCAGAAACCGUUUUCCUGCUGGGAUCGCGCUGCCUUCUCGCCGAUGUGCAGGAAAGGACAGUGUGUUGGUGACAGUGCUGUGGCACCCCGUGCAGCCAAUAGCCUACCCAAGACUUAGUAUGUGCUGAGCCUGUAUUCUCGGCUAGCCUGGGAGCGGAGCAGGGCUUGCCUGCCUUUCCCCAUCGGUCGUCAUCUCGACCGCUUAAGCCGAGCUCUCCAAGGGUCGGGGCAUCCUGCAUCACUCCCAAAGUUUUCGGACGGCUCCAGCCUGAUUGGGCAGGCGCAGGCCAGUGGCUGCAGGCAUGACACAGACAUCUGAAUGGACUCGUCCCUGAGCUUCUGGCUGGGAAUUGCUAAAAUGCUGAAUAAUGGAAAUGGUAAAUUGCCUGUUUGCUUCUGGAGGGAUUACAGAGCUCCCGGGCAAGCUGGGCUGAUGUUGUUAGCCCGAGCAGUCCCUCUUCCUCAUCAGAAAUGCUACAUCUGAAAUUUUUUUGCUGCUCCGACCAAGUCAGCCCAGCGUUGUCUUUGGUCCUGGACGCAGAUCUAACUCCAGAUGAUGCUUACCUCGUUUUCCACCUCGCUUUAAUGAAGUGAACUGUGUGCUGUGCCUAGCACAGAGGGGCAGUGGCUUCUGGAGGAGGUUAGGACCGUGCUUAAACUAGGGUUCAAAACCCUCUGAACUGCCCCUUCGGCAUGCCAUUUCAGGCAGCUAAUUUAACUUUCGUACAUCUGAAAACUCAAUUGUACAAGUGAGGAGAGUAAAAAAUUGGAUGGUUCUGUGAGGCACCAUUUGCAUGGCGAUAUUUUACCACUGCACUGGUCUCCCUAUGGAAGCAGCUGUUUAUAUGUGGCAUUGAGACCCCAUGGAGAAGUUGAGGAGGGGGAUGGCUCUUCAUAUUCAUGAAGCCUGGAUACUUUUGUUUCUCAUCCCUGGUUUGGUCACUCCAGCUGCCAUCAACCAUGAAGACUACCCUGCCGAUGAAGGGGACCAGACCUCAAGUAAUGACAAUCUGAUCUUUGAUGACUACCGAGGGAAGGGCUGUGUGGAUGACAGUGGCUUUGUGUACAAACUGGGAGAACGGUUUUUCCCGGGACAUUCCAACUGUCCCUGUGUCUGUACUGAGGACGGACCUGUUUGUGAUCAACCGGAAUGCCCCAAAAUCCACCCAAAGUGUACAAAAGUGGAACACAACGGAUGCUGUCCGGAAUGCAAAGAAGUGAAAAACUUUUGUGAAUAUCAUGGGAAAAAUUACAAAAUCUUGGAGGAAUUUAAGCCCUCGCCAUGCGAAUGGUGUCGCUGUGAGCCCAGCAAUGAAGUUCACUGUGUUGUAGCAGACUGCGCAGUUCCUGAAUGUGUCAACCCAGUCUAUGAACCAGAACAGUGUUGUCCUGUCUGCAAAAAUGGUCCCAACUGCUUCGCUGGCACCACCAUCAUCCCGGCCGGCAUCGAAGUGAAGGUGGACGACUGCAACAUCUGCCCCUGUGCCGGCGGCGACGGGGGUCACCAGCAAAACCUUCGAGGGGGCCACGCAAGCAGAGAUGACAGCGCGGUCUGCGUCUGCUUUGAUAUCAAAGAGGAAGAUUCAAAUCUUUGCAAGAAAAAGCAGCCUGGUGGAAAGUACGGAAGAAAGUCGGAAAAAUGA